AUGACAGCCAACCCGGUGAGGCCGGCGCGGUACCGCGCCGGCAAGCCGACGGGCGCAGAGUCCUCCUCUUCCGAGUCCGAAGUGAGCGACGACGAGGCCGCCGCCCAGCAGACGAGACCCAAGCCCCGCAGGACCGCGCCCGCCCCCGCGCCCAGGCAGACGGCCGGCAAGAUCAUCAGCACCGGCGCCUCCCUGGGCAAGCUCGACCUGGGCCAGCGGCGGCAGCAGGCCGAGGAGGACGAGAGGGCGCGCCGGGCGCGCGUCGAGAUGGAGCGCCGGGCCGCGGAGGAAGGGUUCGUCACCGAGUCUGAGGGGGAGGAGGGCGAUGGGAGACAGAAGGCUGGUGCUGGUGGUGGUGCUGGUGGAUCUAGGGAAGAAGAGGAGGAGAGCGAGGGAGAGGAGAGCUCGGAAGUAGAGGAGAGCAGCAGCGAGGACGAGGCGCCGAGGCGGAUCAUGGCCAAGCCCAAGUUCAUCAGCCGGGCGCAGCGCGACGCCGGCGCCGGAGCUGCAGCCCAGCCACAGCGGUCGAGGGACGCGGAUGCCGAAGCCAGGCGGCGCGAGGCCGAGGAGGCCGAGGCCGAGGCGCGGCGCAAGGCGGCGGCGGACGAGCUGGUCGAGGAGCAGAUCCGCAAGGACCUCGCGGCGCGGGCGGCGGGCAGGAAGCAUUGGGAGGACGACGAGGACGCCGACGCGGCCGGCGACGACGUGGACACCGAGGACGACGUGGACCCGGAGGCCGAGUACGCGGCGUGGAAGCUGCGCGAGCUGCGGCGCAUCAAGCGCCACCGCGAGCGCAUCGAGGCCAAGGAGCGCGAGCUCGCCGAGGUCGAGCGCCGGCGCAACCUGACCGAGGAGGAGCGCCGGGCCGAGGACGAGGCCCACCUCGCCCGCCAGCGCGAGGAGAAGGACUCGCGGGGCAAGAUGGCCUACAUGCAAAAGUACUUCCACAAGGGCGCCUUCUACCAGGACCAGGCCGAGGCCGAGGGGCUGGCCGGGCGGGACAUCAUGGGCGCGCGGUUCCAGGACGACAUCCGGAACCGCGAGCUGCUGCCCCAGGCGCUGCAGCUGCGCGACAUGACCAAGCUGGGCAAGAGGGGCGCGAGCAAGUACAAGGACCUCAAGAGCGAGGACACGGGCCGGUGGGGCGAGUUCGGGGACACGAGGCCCGGCAGGGGCGGCGGCGGCUUCGACAGGUACGGGGACGACAGGUUCAAGCCGGACUUUGAGCGCGGCGGCGGCGGGAGCCGGAGCGGGCAGGGGGCGAAUGCCAUACCCCUGGGUGACAGGAAGCGGGAUGACGACUCGCGGAGAGAUAGGGACAGGGACAGGGACAGGGACAGCUACCGCCGGCGGGAUGACAGCCGCGACAGGCGGAGGUCGCGGUCCAGGUCGAGGUCGCGGUCUCCCAGGCAAGAUCGACAACGGGACGAAUACAGAGACCGCAGGAAGAGGUCUUCAUCACGCGAGCACGACCGCCAGGACGCCGACAAGAGGCGGAAGGUCGAAGCAUAG